ACCCACAUGGAGCAGCAUAAAGGGCAGCUCCCCCCCAUUGGCAAGCUAGUGAGAGAUCUUAACAAGAUCGUGCAGCACGAGAAAUCAUACAUGACGUCUUUGAAGCCCUCUGUGGCUGGAGGCGAGUCCAUGAAGCCGACUAUAAGGGGGAUAAAGGACGAGUGGGUGCUCUGCCGGUUUCUGCUGCUGCCCACUUUGCACACCGUUUCCGUUGGAGAUGUGGUGGGGUUCCGAGUCGACCCCACACGUGUUUCUGCUGCGUCUGCUUCUGCUUCCCCUGCUUCUGCUUCUCCUGCUUCUCCUGCUUCUGCUUCUCCUGCUGCCUCUGCUUCUCCUGCUUCUGCUUCUCCUGCUGCCUCUGCUUCUCCUGCUUCUCCCGCUCCUUCUCCUGCUUCUGCUACUCCUGCUUCUGCUACUCCUGCUGCUGCGGGUGCUGAACCAGCCAGUUCCUUCUCAGAAGCCACUGCCGAAGCGAGAGCAGCACCCAGUACAUUUCCAAUCAUCUUUCGACGAGUCGCAGCCAUUCCUGGAGACGAGAUGGUGUCAUCUCGGCCGUCGGAUGAGCCUUUUCGGAUAGUGAAGGACCAGUUCUGGGUGCUUGCUGAUAAUCCAGCUGUUCCUGCAAAGGAGGCCCUUGACAGCCGCACUCUUGGUCCCGUGCACGUGAAGAACAUGGUGGGGAGAGCUCUGUAUGUCGUGCGCUCAGCACUGGACCAUGAACCCAUACGCAACAGUGAUCAGGCCACGUUAGACGACUCAGCAGUGAUGGCAAUGGAGUGUCAGAUUGAGGACCUGCUGAAGCGGGUAAAUGAAUGA